GCCAUAGCAUGUAUGAAAAGGAAGGCAUUAACUGCUUCUAGCUUUUUCACUUGGUCUUUUUCAAGACUGCUCAAGGCUUCCAGUGCCCAAAACGAUAUCUGAGAUGAAUCAGCCGUCUCGAUCUGCUGUAUAUGAAAUCAAGCCUGUGACCUACUUACGCGAAUAUGAAAUGUUCUCAGUCUUCUAUGGUAUAAGGCAGAAGGCUUUCCCCAUUGUCUUUGCUAGUUGGGAUCCUUUGUUUGGAGGUGGGAGUCUUUGGGUUUAGGACCUUCUGAAUAAAGCGGGCCCUUGGUAUCCAUUGGGGUUUGGACUCAGAAAUAAAUAAGGAUUGGAGAACUUAUAACUGUCCAGAUUGAGCCAACAUAGCAUAGCAGUUUGAAGUUGGACUAUGACUCCGGAGAUCAGGGUUCGAUUCCCGCUUGGCCGUGAAACCCACUGAGUGACCUUUGCCAAGUCACAUACUCUCAGCCUCAGAGGAAAGCAAUGGCAAACCUCCUCUGAACAAAUCUUGCCAUGAAAAGGUUUGCCUUUGGGUCGCCGUAAGAUGGAACUGACUUGAAAGCCCACAACAACAAUAGCUCCCAUCAUCCAUAGCCUGCCUGAAGUGUGAUGGAAAUAGUAGUUCAUCCAUCUUUGAAGGAUGAAAGGGUACUUGAUCUUGAUGGAGAGACAGGGUAUAAACAAAAUUAUUUAAUUAUUACUAUUCUUAUUAUUAUCAUUCAUCUCUGUUCUAAAUGAAAGCUUAUAACCCUGCUGGUUUUCAAGUUCCUAUUUGUCCAAAGCUCUUGGGAAUGAAAUCAAGGUGAUGCUGGCUGGUGCAUGGAAAUUAUCUUUCACCCCCUUUCGCUGCCCUUUUGGCUUCACAGAGAAAGCAACUGUAGGGUUUUCACACUAGUCCGGGUUGCUGGUGAACCCAUAAUGAGAACGGGGUUGUAUUUUCCUUUCCUCUUUCUGAUCAUCUCCACAGCAUUUGAAAUGAGAGGACUUCGGAGAGAGCCGGCGGCUCAAAGGGAUGCCAUGGCUUCCUGCUGCUGCGAAAACCUUGGUGCUAAUGAGGUGCUCCAAAAGAGAAGACAAGCAGAGACAAAAAUGAACAAAGUGGCGCAGUGGUCGCAAUGGAAUAAGACUCUGCAGAUGGAGAAGAUCAAGGCCCGCUUGAAGGCUGAAUUUGAAGCGCUAGAAUCGGAGGAGAGGCACCUGAAGGAAUACAAGCAGGAGAUGGACCUCCUGCUGCAGGAGAAGAUGGCGCACGUGGAGGAACUGCGCCUCAUCCAUGCCGACAUCAACGUUAUGGAGAACACGAUCAAACAGUCUGAGAAUGACCUCAACAAGCUCUUGGAGUCCACCCGGCGUCUGCAUGAAGAGUACAAACCUCUCAAGGAGCAUGUCGAUGCCUUGAGGAUGACUUUGGGCUUGCAGAGGUUGCCAGAUCUGUGUGAGGAGGAAGAGAAGCUCUCCCUAGAUUACUUUGAAAAGCAGAAAGCUGAGUGGCAGACGGAGCCACAGGAGCCUCCAAUUCCAGAAUCCUUGGCAGCAGCAGCUGCAGCUGCCCAGCAAUUGCAAGUCGCCAGAAAACAGGACACCAGACAGACAGCAACCUUUCGACAGCAGCCGCCACCCAUGAAGGCUUGCUUGUCGUGCCAUCAGCAGAUCCACCGGAACGCACCCAUUUGUCCUCUGUGCAAAGCCAAAAGCCGGUCCCGGAACCCCAAGAAGCCCAAAAGGAAGCAAGAUGAAUGAAAAGGCAGUUGGAGGAGGAACCCUGUGACCCGUCGUACCCGUCCCUUUCCGGUAGAACUGUACUUGUGACCCGAAUUCACCCCAAGGCAAAACAAGAGUGUGAUUUGAGCUUCUUUUUUUAAAUAAUGUGAUGUAAGCACAACUGUUUUGUUGGGGCUUAAUUCUUUUUUAUGAUUAUUAUUUUGGUCUAGUCUUGGAUCCUUUUGCUUUUUAGGAAAGUAUUAAUGGUGCUACAUAGGUAACCUGUUGGUCGUCCCUGUUGUUGGACUCACAAAUAAGUCCUGUACCAGGCUUCGGGUGAAGGUGGAAGGACCUUUUGUACAGGGAAAAUGAAGGAUGGCCUCUGUCCAGUUUACAUUUCAUCUUUUAUUUAGUAGAUAGACUGAAGACUUUUUUCUACUCAUCUCGCAAACCUGCCCUUGCUUCCCAUUCCCCCUUUUUGCUUUUGAUGGCUACGGUAUUUUUGUACUGAGGUUCUACUUUUCCAGUCGUCUCCAAAGCUUGAGAAUCUUUCAUGGGAGAAAUGUGUAUUCAUGGAGUGCGUAAUGUUUGCUUACUCUUGUUUUAGUUCCCCCGCCUUGCCGGAUAUGUCUCCUUGCUUUUAAAAAGGCAAAAUAGUGAAGUUUGGUGCUUAAGAGAAUCCAUGCUUCUGCAUAAUCUGUGUACAGUGAUUGUUUUUCUAAUGAAUUCAGCAACUUUGCUCCCUAUCUCUACCUUGUCAUUUUUCCUCCUUUUGCAUAAUGUUUAACGGUGUUUCCAGUCAUGGAACAACUGCAAAUACUUACUGGAAAUACUGGGAAUUGAACUGGAAUUCAAAAUGGGAGGAAGAGAUGCUUCUUUAGCAUUGCUCACUGUGAGUUGUCCCUGCUGAAUUCAAAGAAAGUCUUGACUAGCAAAGACCUGGGGCCCUUUCACACACGACACAAAUUGUAUUGCAAUUGCAUUGCUGUGAUCCCACUUUAACUGCCAUGGCCUACAGUCAGAGUUAAGGCAACUCACUGGUGUAAUGAUAAACAGAUUCAAAAUGUACUUUUUAGGGCUCACACAUUAACCCUAACAUUCACUUUAAGAUGAUGAUUAAUAAAUAACUUAGGUCCAGA